AUGGGCAAUCGAUCAGGGUCACACGUCAGCAUACCUUACAUGGUGUUCCAUGCUGCAACGAUAACACGUCGCAUUGAUGCUCGGCAGCAGCCAUGCCCGGAAUACCCGCUUUCUCGGGCAAAAGGUCAGUGUCAAGCCGAAGAUUUGCCGACGGGGCCCCAAAAGUUCUUCCCACCUCCGUGCUACGAUCUCCAAGGGUCAAACACCACCCACAAGCUACCACCACGGCACCGAGUUCUUCCUAUUCCGUUGAGCGCAACGGGUCCGUCGCAUUUAUCAUCCUCCGAUCCAGAGAGCUACCUCAAGUCAUUGGAGCUUUCGGCACCGCACCGCAUCGCUGGUUGCCUGCCCAUCCUUUGA